AUGGCUUCCUCCGACACUCCCAAACCCCACAAAUCUCCCAAAAUAAAGAAUGGAGAAAUCUCCACAACCCAAAGUAAAAUUAAGAAGAAGAAUCGAGACAUGGCGAAAGAGGAGGGCGAAAAGAAGAAGAGUAAGAAGCCCAAACUCAGCAACGGCCAUUCAAAGCAGCCGCAGGAAAAGGGCGCUGAAGGAAGCGGUGAAGAUGCGAAGACCAACGUCUUUCCCAUGAAUCGUAUCAGGACCAUGAUCAAGGGCGAAGAUCCUGAUAUGCGUGUUUCCCAGGAAGCGGUGUUAGCCAUCAACAAUGCUGUGGAGAAGUUCCUUGAGCAAUUCACGCAGGACGCGCAUGCUUUUUGUGUUCAGGACCGUAAGAAAUGCCUCAGUUACAAGCACGUUGCGAAUGUCGUUAGUAAGAAGAGAAGAUAUGACUUUCUGUCCGAUUUUGUUCCUGAGAAAGUGAAAGCUGAGGAUGCAUUAAGAGAGAGAAGUGCAGCAACUAAUGGAGUAUUUCAGAAAAUGUAA